GCGAUUUUCACCGCGAAAAAGCCUGGGGUGAAUGGUUAUCUAAAAGUAGUAAUGGUGUGAGUAUGUAUAAAGAUGAAGUGUUGAGGCACUUGCGAAACAUCGCCCAGAGUGAAAACCAAGCCACUCUUGAUGAGAACAUCCAGGCACUCAAAAAAAGCAGGCCAUGGAAGGAAUCAGUCCAACUACAAAACUAUUUUUUAGACUUUUGGGGUUUAUACUUAGAGAAAUGGGUUCGCUUUUUUCGAGAUGAACAUCUUCGUAUUGCAAUUUAUACAAACAAUGGUAUCGAAAGACAAAAUAACUGGCUCAAGCACUCAUAUCUCGAAAGUAGACGAAAUAACUCGGUGUCUGAUCUGGUUGACGUAAUAAUCAACCAUUUUUUACCUGAUAGUUACAAGAAAUACAAAGAGCAAAACAUUCGAUGUACGUCAUCAUAUCGAGGCUACGAUGAUCGUGUUCCAAAGUAUCUCCACGACCGACCCAGAGGUGUUGUUCAACAUAUCAUCAGUAGAAUCGACUCUGGCAUCCAGAUUUCAAACAUUAAAAAAGAGACUCCAAAGCUUUUCAUCGUACAAGGAGCAGAAUGCGCAUACCAAGUAAGGCUUGGCUCAGACGAAGAGUUACCAUCGUGUCAGUGUCUCGACUUUCGAACAAAGAAACUUCUCUGCAAGCACAUAUGCGCAGUUGUUCAACAGCCAGACAUAGGGUGGGAAUCAUUGGGCAGAAAAUUCGACAAGUACCCCUGUUUACUUUGGAUAAAGUGA